AAUCGUUACCGAUCAGAGAGGAAUUUGUUUACAUCCUCAGGAGCCCCGGGUCACGCGCACAUAUAAUGGACCGGGAUGUCAAAUCGCACUUUUUUGAGGUUUGACCCUUUAAACCCGCGACUGGAAACUGGGUCAGAUCUGUCUCUCUACUUAACUCUUUGUUGACCAGGCAGGGGGAUAUUAUUUUGCAGCCAUGGCUCUGUCUCAGGUCCAGUGUUUGGACGAUCAUCACGUGAAUUGGCGCGUGAGUGAGAGCAAACCGGAGUUUUUCUACAGCGAGGACCAAAGGUUGGCCCUCGAGGCUCUCAUCACCGGGGGCCGUGAUGCGUUCAGGGACUACAUCACCGAGAACAAGGUGCGGGAGUUCCUGUCGGGACCGGAGAUAGAGAGGAUUGUACACAUAGCAGAAGUAUACCGGCCCGGGUACGAGCAUCACGUUAAACCAGACACACCAGGACCAGGGCCUCCGACCCCAGGGUCCGGGGAGGAAGGGGGAGAUGGAGAGGUGUCGCUUCAAUACUGGCCAGACCGGUCUGAGGCCUCAGUGGCAGAGUUGGACCUGGGCUGGCCUGACUCCGUCUCAUACCGGGGGGUCACCAGGGUUACCGUGCACACGCAACCCCCAACUGAGGGGCAAACACACAUCAAGGAGGUGGUCCGCAAGAGCAUCGCAUCAGCCCAGAAGGUGAUAGCUGUGGUGAUGGAUGUGUUUACAGAUGUGGAUAUCUUUCGAGACCUGCUGGAUGCGGCCUACAGACGUAAAGUUCCUGUAUACAUAAUAAUUGAUAUGGCGUCAGUCCCCUGCUUUCUUUCCAUGUGUGGUAGAGCUGAUAUGCACCGAGGACAUCUAAAGAAUCUGCGUGUGCGCUGCUGUGGAGGCGUGGAGUUUUUUACACGGUCGGCACAGAGUGUGCGUGGUUCUCUGAGCGAGAAGUUUCUUCUGGUAGAUGGAGACAGAGCCAUCUCUGGUUCAUACAGCUUCACCUGGUCCUCCUCUCGAUUGGACCGUAACCUCAUAACGGUGAUCACAGGACAGGCAGUGGAGACCUUCGACCUGCAGUUUCGGGACCUUUUCCUCAUGUCCAGAGGUGUGUCUCUCAGCAAGGUUCCUCUGGUGGACGAACCGAUCCCUGACCCGCUCCCUCAGGCGGCACCUGCUCCUGUGUCAGCUGCUGUUGCUAGGAAGCUCAUCAAUCCAAAAUAUGCCCUUGUUGCCACAGGGACACACACAAGUCCCGCCUCGUCUGACCAGAACUCCAGCAACAAGAACUCAAACUCCCAGAAUCCCAUUGGGCUAAAACUUAGGAAAGGACGUCUUAAGGAUGUUUCAGAAGAGCCGCCUUUACAUCCUGGAUUGGCCCAUUUGGAGAAAGCGUACCUGAUCCCGUACCUUCCCACCUGGCCGGAGCCAGACCCGCCGAGUGAUGUGAUUGGAUUCAUUAACAUCAGAGAUGAAAAGCGAGCCAAUCAGGUCCACUUACAGAGGUCAGAGCGGUUUGAGGUGAGUCAGGCUAUACGUUUCAGUGCACCGCUGACACUGCCACCUCAGACUGAGGAACCUGCGUCAGGUCAGAAGGGGAAAGCUGCAGAAAUAGCAGAACCUCCCUCUGGGAAUACAAAAACAGGAGCCCCCACCCCUGUGAGCCCAACCAACAAAGAUCCCAAAGAGCAGAAACACACAGCUCCGAAUAAAGACCACACUGAUGCAACAGAUUCCAGAGCCCCUCCUCAGUUGCCCAACUCCCCUGUAAAACAGGACACUCACAAACCAAAUGCACACACACCCACAUGUGAAUCCAACGUUACUGCAGAUUCACAGCUGACAGACAAUGUUAGACAAACUCCAAAGACACAAACUCCAGAGACACAAACUCCAGAGACACAAACUCCAGAGACACAAACUCCAGAGACACAACCUCCAGAGACACAACCUCCAGAGACACAACCUCCAGCACCUCCCGUUCCUAAACGCCGCACACUGCAUUUGGUUAUUGACCCCGCACCCUCAGAGCUGCCUAGUGAAGCACAGGUCACUCUGGUAAAAAUUGACCAACAGGACACCCCAGCCUCUAACAGAAAGAGAUCCUCGUCAGAUGUAACGUCAGGCCGUGGCCGUCUUACAUCAAAUAAGGAUGGCAGGGACUCUGGCAGCAAUGGCGAUGGCGAUAGCCAAGAUAGCACCAAGGUCAUGUGUGACCGAGCAGCCAAUGACGACCCUUCAAGCGCUUCCACAGCAUCAGAAGAGGAGUUUUAUGAUUGUUCCAACCAGGAGCCGAGCGACCCGUUGACUAAUAGAGUCACGACGGGGUCAGGUCGGGGGACUCGCCAAGGGGAUGGGGUCAACAUGAUGGCCCGCCUCUCUCAGAGCAUGCUGGAUCUACGGGAACCCAGCCAGUCUGAGGACAGCGCCAACCUCAUCCGUCAAUCACAGCAGCUGCGCAGGCAGGGUCACCCAUCACCGCAUAGGCACAUAGGACAGUUGUUCCAAGACUCCAGAUCUCCUGGUCGAGACGCACGACUGAAAGGACCUAAAGUAGUCAUCGCCAAACCAGGAAGUUUUCACCGCCCCACCCGAGCAACAGGUCCUGUGAUUGGAGGACACCGUUACUGGCAGGGUCAAACGCUGCAGCCGGAUUCGCCCCACCUGCGCGGGGAGACACGCUCUGGUCGGUCACCACGGCGCCACAGCCCGGGUUACAGAAAGGCAGAUAAUGCCUCGACACAGCCGCCAGCCAACCAAUCAGGUUUACUAGGAGUAUCUUUCUCAAAACUGAACAACUUAAAACACUUGAGGGCGCGAGCUGGAGCCCCGCAGAAGAAGGUGCCUCAAAAUAACAACAAGCCUGCUAGGUAGAACAGUGGGCCACUUCAGGUACACAAGGACGUUAUGGACUUCCUACUAAAAUAUAGGUGAUACUUCAGUCUGGAAUAUUCUCUCUCUCCGUCAUCAACGUCAUUUCUUGAUUUCAAACCCUGAGGCUCAACAUACAAGUUGGAGAACUACAUACAGUAACUGGGAUUUUGUUUUUACUAUAUCCACUAGGGUUGGCCCUUUAUUUCAUGUUUUGAAAGGCAUUGUCUGUAAAUGAAUCACAUGAUGUUCUAAACUAAUGCUUCCUGAUAAAUGGCUUCUGAAUAGUAUAAUAACUCAUUUUAGAGGCAGAUACUGAUAACUGUGAGGAAGUUAACUCAGAUAAUAACAUAUCAGCUGAUAUUUGUGUCUUUAGAAACGUGCAUACAGUAAAUGUUUAACCAGGCACAUUUGAGCAAGAUUCACACUAGAGGCAGGGUAUUUUCUUACUACAUGCCACGCUGGUGGUCAUCUGUAAUACUCUGUGAUGUAGUAACAAUCCUCUGAACAAAUAUUUCUAAAUUACCUCAAGUGCUUUUCUUUUUCUGAAGUUUUUUACUGGAAUUUUGUGUCUAUAUCCAAAAGACACAGAUGUAUGCAAUGUAUGUGUGACAAUCAAUGUCAGCACACUGAUAAACAGGUGGCUCUUGUGUGGAUGCCAUUGUUAUUGGUUACUGAUGUUGUGAGGGUGGGGCUACCAUUUUGAUUGUUCCGAUGUAAAGAACAGGUUUAUAUGUGAUGUUAAACACUGAUAUGGGACCAAAAGUGAAUGUUUUGAAUAAAUUGACAGACUAAUGAUGAAA